AUGUCUGCCAUGUCUGCCACCCGCGCGUUCGUCGCGGCGCCCGUCGCGGCCAAGCUUUCGGCUUCCCGCAAGUCCGCCACCGGCAAACCCUACAAAGCCGGCGCCCGCCGCUCCGUUGCCGUCUGCGCGAAGACCUCCGCCCCCGAGCUCGACAUCAACACCAAGGUGUUCGAGAAGGAGCUCGUCGAUGUCGCCGGCGAAGGCGAGUACAUCGUCCGCGGUGGCCGCCACCUCUUCGAGAAGCUCCCCGAGGCGCUCAAGGGCAUCAACACCAUCGGCGUCAUCGGCUGGGGCUCCCAGGCGCCCGCGCAGGCGCAGAACUUCCGCGACUCCCUCAAGGAGGCCGGCAUGGACACCAAGAUCUGCAUCGGUCUCAGGCCUUCCUCCAAGUCCAACGACGAGGCCCGCGCGUGCGGCUUCACCGAGGAGGACGGCACCCUCGGCGAGACCUUCGACAUCAUCGCCAAGUCCGACCUCGUCAUGCUCCUCAUCUCCGACGCCGCGCAGGCUAAGAUGUACCCGCGCAUCCUCGCCGCCAUGAAGCCCGGCGCCACCCUCGGCCUCUCCCACGGCUUCCUCCUCGGCGUCAUGGCUUCCGACGGCGAGACCUUCCGCGAGGACAUCAACGUCGUCCUCGUCGCCCCCAAGGGCAUGGGCCCCUCCGUCCGCCGGCUGUACGAGCAGGGCAAAGACGUCGGAGGCUCGGGCAUCAACGCGUCCUUCGCCGUGCACCAGGACGCCACCGGCAACGCCACCGACAUCGCCCUCGGCUGGUCCGUCGCCCUCGGGUCCCCGUUCACCUUCGCCACCACCCUCGAGAUGGAGUACCGCUCCGACAUCUUCGGCGAGCGCGGCAUUCUCCUCGGCGGCGUUCACGGCAUCGUGGAGUCGCUCUACCGCCGGUACGUGAAGGAGGGCAUGUCCGAGGAGGACGCGUUCAAGAACACCGUGGAGUGCAUCACCGGUCCCAUCACCAAGACCAUCUCCACCAAGGGCAUCAAGGCGGUCUACGAGGCUGUGUCCGACAAGGCUGAGUUCAUGAAGGCAUACUCCGCCUCCUACAUGCCCUGCAAGGACAUCCUCUACGAGUGCUACGAGGAGGUUCAGUCCACCAACGAGAUUCGCUCCGUGGUCAUGGCGUGCGAGCGCUUCGACACCUUCCCCAUGGGCAAGGUUGGCACCUCCGCGAUGUGGAAGGUUGGUGAGAAGGUUCGCGCCGAGCGCGUCGAGGAGGACAUUCCCCUCAACUCCUUCACCGCGGGCGUCUACUGCGCCUGCAUGAUGGCGCAGAUUGACACCCUCCGCGAGAAGGGCCACUCCUUCUCCGAGGUUUGCAACGAGUCCGUCAUCGAGGCUGUCGAUUCCCUCAACCCCUACAUGCACGCCCGCGGCGUCGCGUUCAUGGUGGACAACUGCUCCUACACCGCGCGCCUCGGCUCGCGCAAGUGGGCGCCUCGCUUCGACUACAACCUCGAGCAGCAGGCGUACGUCGCCGUCGACCAGGGCGCCGCCGUCGACAAGGAGAUUGAGAGCAAGUUCCUCAACAACCCCGCGCACAUCGCCAUCGCCAACUGCUGCGCGCUCAGGCCGUCCGUGGACAUCUCCGUCAAGUUCGGCGUCGGUUCCGCGCGCGACGUCGAGUCCGCCGACUUCAAGAUGGGCGACAAGGCCACCGCCGACGCCAAGUAAGAAGCGCCCUCGGAACGAGACUGGAACGCCCAACGUGCCAAACGACGCCGCGGCGCUCCAAACUAUUCAUCUAUACACUACUAUCAAAUCGGGGGGAGAGAGAGAGAGAGAAAGACAUUUGCACAAAUGCACAUAAUAGCCGCAUAGAACAUGCUGAAAGCGUUUAAUAAUAGCUGAAUGCCAACG